AUGGCAGAAGCGGACGAUGAUCCCCGUACAAUGCGGCACAAAUCGACCGUACAUACGCUGACAGGCGUAGGAGGCGUGCGCCACAUGCUUGACGAAUGCGACUGGGCGCCAACAGGCAUGCUGCUGUGGUAUGCCAGUUGCGCGCACUCUUGCGCAUUGCAAGGUAAUACUUGCGCUAUUGCCGCAGCUCUCGCAUCGUCUAGCGGCAGCUGCUCUUCAACAUGGGCUGGAAUAGGUUGCCCUUCGCUCGGGUCUGGCGAAAUGCAAGGCGCCUUGCGAUGUAGAGGCGGCGCAAACGCCUGUGGUACAGCCUGGUGUUGCGCUUCUAUAAGAAGAUAUUGUGUGUCUGGAGGCAUAUACUGCGUGACACCACUCAUGCCCGUUUCUAUAGGGUCAAAAUGGGCUUUCCGUGGGGCAGACAGCAUUGCCACUGCAUCGUGGUCUACACUUGUAAAUGCCACUAAUGCUGCAAGCGAGUUUGGCGCCAGCGCCAUCGAAUCGUUUUGGAGCAUAGAUGCCAUGUCAAGUCGUGUUUGUGUCGAAGAAGGUGUGGCCAUAGUGUUGGCGGAGUUGACGGAGUUGACGGAGUUAGCAGAGUUGGUGGAACGAACAGAAUUGGUGGAGGUGGAACUUGCGUAG